AUGACUUCUUCCCGAGAAGUCGAUCCCGGAAAGUUGACAAUGUACGCCAUCGCCGCCUCUAAAGGCUUCAGCUACUACCUGCCUAAGUCCGCCCAGCGCCUUCUACAAACGCUUCUCAGACAGCUUCCAUCCACAGCACGCUCGAUCUACAACGAAUACUACCGCGAUCUCAUGUGUUCGAAGGCAUGCGCACGGGAGUCUGCGGCGGCGAUGGCAAAGUUCGUUGAUACCUUUCCAAAGAUUGCAGCGAUGCACAAUGCAUUUGCGCGUGAAAUGAACGCGGAGAUUGAGAGUGAUGUGCACGAGGGGUAUCAGCCGGUGAAGUUCCCGAUUGUCAGGGAGCGCGUUGUUGAUGCAGAGAAAGAAAACAAGAAGCGCAAGCGGAUUCCGGCUGAGAGUGCAGCGCUGUCUGCACCGAUAUCCAAGAAGGCAAAGGCUGAACAACAUUUACAGCCAGACACGACUACUGCGCUGGGUUUGCCGGACCAGGUCUCGCCUCCAGCGGCGCUGAUUCUCGACUCAGGCAUACGGUCCCCUCCACUAUCUCAUACCGCAUCUCCAAAUAACACCACACCGCAAACCGGAGCCGUCCGGUCUCCUCUGAUACCCAAGUCAGACGCGAGUUCUAUACCGAGUGCACCGGUAUCGCUCGCCUCCUCGCCAACGACCAUGUUUGGCUCAGACCUGCAGUCUCCAUCUGCGUCCCCAACAUCUCACACCGGGUAUUCAAACAGCACCACACCACCCAUCGCUGCCCCAUCCUCUCCAACCCUAGAACCAAAUACGCUUACUAAAUCGAGUCCGACAGCAUUACUCUACCCUUCGCCACCACCAGUCGUGCGGUCUCCCUCUGCAUCUCCACCAACUCACUCCAAAUCUCCAAAUGUCACCACACCCCGCCCCAGCCCCAUUCCGUCGCCCAAGCCAAAUCAAUCCAUUGAGCUCUACCGAACUCCCACGCUAGACCAGGAGUCAACAGACCCGCACCAGCCUGCGUCACCGUCCGACGGUCCGACUCUCACCAACGUAGCAGCCGUGCAGCCUGCGGCACUACCCACACCUACAACAUCGGUACUCACCGAACCCAUAGUUUCCGCGGCAUACCAUGUGGAAGCGCAUCCUGGGCCCUCAGCGCUGCUGCUACAGCGUCAAGAGAGCGCUGUGUCAGAGGUACAUGUGAGUACGCAAGGCGCAGCAGCCCCUAUGCAGGAUCCUGCCUGGGAAGCGUCUAUUGAUUCUGCGUCGCCAUCCACGUCUGUGUCUGUGUCUGUGCCGGAGGUAAGUGCGAGUGAGCAAGGCGCAGCGCCGGCGCCAGACCGUGAUGGGGAGGAGGCAUUCAGGGCGUUUGUGUCGGAGUCUGCUUUGUUGUCUGAGGACCAGCGCUGGGAGAAUGGUCUGCAAGCGAUCGAGGACUUUAGGUGGGAUGAACCGGUGUCGCGGUGGGCGGCGGGGCGUAUGAGUGCUUACUAUGAUAGUGUUGGGCCGUCGGCUGGACUGUUUCGCGGGAAUCACUGGGCGGAUGGCGGCGCUGAUGAGUUUUCCGAGAUGAUCAGCAAGGGUGCUGAUUUGCCAUUAGAUGAGGAGUUUGAGGAUGUGUUGUGA